CCCAAGCAGUAAAGCUACCCCGCAUCCAAGCCGCAGUGGCCGCACGCCGAACGCCGCAGUGCCGCUCAAGGCACUUGGCGUAGUAUGAGGCAAUCCAGUGAAGCGGAGAACUGCCACCAUCACGAUACCAACAUGUCUGGCGUCAUUGUCAAAGCUCUCGACCACCUGGUCCUUACCUGCGCCAGCGUUGAGGCUACUUCGAAAUGGUACUCCAAGUAUCUGGGAAUGAAGCUGGAGACGUUUGCAGCAGCUUCCGACCCGGCAACCAAGAGAUUUGCCUUGAGGUUUGGUGACUCCAAGAUCAACCUUCACCAAAAGGGCAAGGAAUUCGAACCAAAGGCCUUGACGGCUCUGCCCGGGACAGCCGACCUGUGCUUUCUUGUCCAGGAUGGCACGUCACUUGAUGAUGCGAUUGCGGGGUUUGGUAGAGAUGGAAUUGCCGUGUUGGAGGGCGGCAAGACUGUGGAUAGAACGGGUGCUCGGGGACCGAUUCGGAGCAUCUACGUGCGCGAUCCAGACGGGAAUCUCAUUGAGCUCUCUCAUUACUUGUAAAUAGAACGCGGAUGAGAAAUAAUGCUUCAUUCCACAGCAGAUCUGGGCCGACCCACUGCGUAAGCCUCUCAGUAUCAAAUUGGAGACUCGCAUCCAACAACCCCCUCACUACACAGGCGCA